CAAGGCGGAUCUCGAAUCCCCGAACUGCAAACUCGUCCCGGGACCCCGAUCCUUCUGAGAUUGGGCCCAUCUUUUAUCAUCUCAGCAAUGCGUCGCGCCGCCGUCCACGCGUUCCGCACAAGCAUCCAAUGCAGCGCCUGGGGCCUUCGCUUUAGCACUCGCCGGGGCCUAUCUCCGCUGCUCCUGCCAACCGCGACCAGGCGGAGCGCCGCCGCCGCAGCCUCGACCCGCCGAUUCCUGUCCACGUCCCCACCUGCCCGCAGCAGUAGCAGCACCAGCACCAGCAACCGCCUGCGGGCGGCCGAGCACGCACCGGUGCCCGGCGAACCGCUGCGAUCAUCCAUGUCUCUCCGCCGGGCGUCCGUGGCGCUGGUAUCGGCGCUGGUCGGCUACGGCGCGUACUACUCGUACAACGGCAACGCCACCGACAGCCUCGUCAAGCGGGCGUACUCGUCCUCGUCCUCGUCGAGCAGCACGUCGACCGCGACGGGCGCCGCCGCAGCGCAGACCCGGUCCGUCUUGGUCAUCGGCGCCGACGAGCUGCACACGGGCACCUUUGUCGGCGACGGGCCAAUCUCCAAGACGACGAGCGACGACGGGAGGAGAGUCAUCGAGAUGUUGACCCCCGAGCAGGCGACCCAGAUGCUCCGCAGGAACGAGGAGUCGUACUAUGUCAAUCGCGGCCAGGGCGUAGUGCGCUACGAUGUCGUGCAGCUGCCUAGCAACGACCCCAUCGAGGAUGACCAUGCCGAGAAAAUCGUCGAGAUACCGGACAAGAGCGAGGCUCACGGGAGUAGCGACUGGAUGUUCUGGGGUGUCUUUGACGGCCAUUCUGGAUGGACGACCUCGGCAAAGCUGCGCCAGGCUCUCGUCACAUUCGUCGCCCGCGAACUGAACGACACGUAUAGGGCAGCGAAUCUCAUGCCGUCGCAGGAGGCAGUCGACGCCGCCAUCAAGAGGGGCUUCCUUAAACUGGACGACGAUAUCGUCAACCAGAGCGUGCAGAAGGUCUUGCAAGCCAACAAUAAGAUUGCCGCCGCCGAGCUGCUGGCCCCGGCCCUGUCCGGCUCCUGCGCGCUCCUCUCAUUCUACGACAGCCGGUCCAAGUUGCUACGCGUCGCAUGCACGGGCGACUCACGGGCCGUCCUGGGUCGCCGGUCAGCGUCGGGCAAGUGGGUUGCCACGCCGCUCUCGGUCGACCAGACGGGCAGCAACCCCGACGAGGCGGCCCGGCUACAGAAGCAGCACCCCAACGAGCCGCACGUCGUCCGCAACGGCCGUGUCCUGGGUGGAUUGGAACCUACACGCGCCUUUGGAGACGCCAGCUACAAGUGGACCCGCGAGGUUUCGGAGAAGCUGAGGCAGCACUUCUUUGCCCGCUCCGUCUCGUCCUUCCUCAAGACCCCCCCAUACGUGACCGCCGAGCCGGUCAUCAGCACAACCAAGAUUGAGCCGGAGAACGGCGACUUUGUCGUCAUGGCGACCGAUGGCCUCUGGGAGAUGCUCACCAACGAGGAGGUUGUUGGCCUGGUCGGCAAGUGGCUCGAGAGCCAGCAGAUCACCAAGAGCGACUCCGCCUCGCAGUUCGACUCGGUCUGGACGCGCAUCUUUGGAUCGCGCGGCACCAGGGGCGGUCUGCCUGUCGAAGCGCCCCGGGAGACAGACGCCGGCGGCGGGCAGAAGACUCCGUUCCGCGGGGCGCGGCAGUGGGGAGGCUCGUCCGACAAGUUCGUCGUGCAGGAUCCCAACGCCGCCACACACCUGGUGCGCAACGCGCUCGGUGGCAAGAAUCAGGAGCAGGUAUCGGCGCUGCUGACGCUGCCGGCUCCCUUCUCGAGGCGGUAUCGGGACGACUUGACGGUGCAGGUCAUCUUCUUCGGAAACGGCGAGCGGACGGGCGAGGUGGUGGUGAAUCUGGACGCGACCGCGCCGGCAAAGGAGCCUGUCGAGGCCAAGCUGUGACAUCUGUUUCUGCAAAGUGUUUCCGGCUUUUCCAGGUUAACGGUUAUUCCAGUCUGCGCUGGUGGGUUCAUCCUGGCGGAAAGGGCGCGGGGUUGGGCGCAAUGGUUGAUAUCCCAGGGUACGAGGAGACGUAUUCUGCCAUUUUCUCUCCUGUCUUAUUACUGUUCUUUCAGCCAUAAUCGCAUUGCCAUGAGGAAACAAGCGUCAUCGUCCUGCAUUAUCUGAAUGUCAAGUGGAGCACUAGGUGUUAUUUAUUUCUUCCUCAUCUUGCCCUUGCCUCGAUCCGUC